AGCUUUGCACGUUGACCUCCCUUCUCCCUCCCACUCCCUCCCAUAACACAAUUCAAAAUGGCCGCCCGUAGCGCCGCUCUCAAGAUCGACUGGACCAAGUUGACCAGCUCGCUCGGUCUCCGCGGUCAGACCGCUGCCUCCCUCCAGGCCUUCAAGAAGCGUAACGACGACGCGCGCCGCAAGGUCCAGGUCCUGUCCGAGCAGCCCCAGACCGUCGACUUCGCCCACUACCGCAAGGUGCUGAAGAACCAGGCCAUCGUCGACCAGCUCGAGAGCCACUUCAAGAGCUUCAAGCCCGCCACCUACGAUGUCAACCGCCAGCUGAAGGCCAUCGAUGCCUUCGAGGCCCAGGCCGUCCAGAGCGCUGAGGAGACCAAGGGCAAGGUCGAGGUUGAACUCCGCAACCUCCAGAAGACCCUCGAGAACAUCGAGACCGCCCGUCCCUUCGAGGACCUCACCGUCGACGAGGUUGCUGCUGCCCAGCCCGAGAUCGACGAGAAGACCUCCUCCCUUGUCCAGAAGGGUCGCUGGAUGCCGGCCGGCUACAAGGAGCGCUUCGGCGAGAUGUCCGUUGUCUAAACUGGCUGAAUCCCUUGUAUGCCAUUUCCGUCCACCUUUGUCCUGCAACAUCCAGAUAUAGCCACACAACACACAAAGAAAGACUUGCUCUCGUACUUAUCUGUCAAGCAUGUUGGCCAGCUAGGAUACCCUUUUGUCUGUCUGGUCGUGUGAUUGCUGGUUGUAGGACUAUGUAUAGAAAGAUGUUCAAUUUAUGGUUUCUUCAUCCUUGUCUGGGUUGUAGGCUGUAGGUUCGAAGUGUCAAUCAUGGAUUGAAUAUGCAUCGUCUGUUCUUUCGAUGCUUGUUUGGCUUGUCAAGGCCUUGGUGUGCUCUGGGUACAAAGGAGAGCAUGUAGCCGUGCGUGAAUGUGAUGCAGACACGAAGGCCGACAUUUCAUGGAAACGAUUGUUGAUGUAUUGUCGUAAAUACAGCACCCCAGCCAAGUACCAUCAUCUUCAGAGUAUCAAGCUAUACUCCGUCG